CCCGCCCGGCCUGGGGCGGCCCUUUGCCUAUUGCCCCGAGCGAAGGAGGAGUCAGGCGGCCCCAGGCAGCCCAUUGCUGCGGCGCGUGGAGGCGGAGAGCUUGCGGGGGGGCUGCAGCGCCCCCUUCUCCGCGGAGCCCGGCGCCUCCCGUGGGGUGGGGGGCGGGACCAGCUGCGGCGGGGCAAACGGGAGCCGCUGGCUGCACGUCCCACUGGAGGGGCGAAGAUGGCGCUGAACGGCAGCAGGCAGCCCCCCAGGCUGCUCUUCCUGCUGGCUCUGACCCUCCCGCUAGCGCCGCCAAGCCGGGCAGGGGACACCGCGCUGCCCCCCAUCCCCGCAGAUAAACUAUUAGUUCUUACUGUAGCAACUAAAGAAACAGAUGGCUUUCACCGCUUCAUGCAAACUGCAAAGCACUUCAACUAUACAGUGAAGGUUCUUGGUAAAGGUGAAGAGUGGAAAGGUGGAAAGUUAAUUAACUCUAUUGGAGGAGGACAGAAAGUGCGAUUGCUGAAAGAAGGAAUAGAAAGCUAUGCUGAUCAAGAGGACUUGGUUGUAAUGUUUAUUGAAUGCUAUGAUGUUAUCUUUGCGGGUGGCCCUGAAGAGAUGCUAAAGAAGUUCCAGCAAGCUAACCAUAAAGUAGUAUUUGCAGCAGAUGGACUAAUAUGGCCCGAUAAAAGAUUAGCAGACAAGUAUCCCGUUGUCCGGAGUGGAAAAAGAUUCCUUAAUUCAGGAGGAUUCAUUGGUUAUGCUCCCUAUAUAAACCAAAUGGUACAGCAAUGGAACCUGCAGGAUAAUGAUGAUGACCAACUCUUUUAUACCAAAAUCUAUAUUGACCCAUUGCAGAGGGCGCGUAUUAACAUUACUUUGGACCACAAGUGCAGAAUUUUCCAGACCUUGAAUGGAGCUGUUGAUGAAGUUCUUCUGAAAUUUGAAGAAGGAAGAGCAAGAGCUAGGAAUUCAGUGUAUGAGACGCUGCCCGUCACUCUGCAUGGAAAUGGUCCCACGAAAAUUCAGCUCAGUUACUUUGGAAAUUAUAUCCCUAAUGCUUGGACACGUGAAACUGGAUGUGGUGUUUGUGAUUUAGAUUUACUAGACUUAUCCACGGUUACAGAACAUCCAAGGGUUACAGUUGGCGUUUUCAUUGAACAACCAACACCUUUUCUAUCUAAAUUUUUAGACAGACUGUUGACUCUGGAUUACCCAAAGGAACUACUUAGUAUCUUUAUUCAUAAUAAUGAGGUUUAUCAUGAAAAGCACAUCAAGAAAUUUUGGGAGAAAGCCAAGAAGGCUAUCAGAAGUAUAAAAAUUGUUGGACCAGAGGAGAACCUGAGUCAGGCAGAAGCCAGGAACAUGGGAAUGGAUCUUUGUCGCCAGAAUAAAGCAUGUGACUAUUACUUCAGCAUAGAUGCGGAUGUUGUGCUGACAAACCCGAAGACUUUAAGACUUCUGAUAGAGCAAAACAGAAAGAUAAUUGCUCCGCUUGUAACUCGCCAUGGGAAGCUAUGGUCCAACUUUUGGGGUGCUUUAAGCCCUGAUGGCUAUUAUGCUCGCUCAGAAGAUUAUGUGGAUAUUGUCCAAGGGAACAGAGUAGGAGUCUGGAAUAUCCCUUAUAUGGCUAAUGUAUACUUAAUUAAAGGACAGACUCUCAGAUCAGAGAUGAGAGAGAGAAACUAUUUUGUCCGUGAUAAGUUGGAUCCAGAUAUGGCACUCUGCAGGAAUGCCAGGGAAAUGAGUUUUCAAAGGGAAAAAGGCUCCCCUUCUUCGGAAACAUUCCAUAUGCUCAGACCCCCAAAGGGUGUCUUUAUGUACAUUACCAACAGACAUGACUUUGGGAGACUUAUUUCAACUGCCAACUACAAUACCUCCCACUACAACAAUGAUCUCUGGCAGAUUUUUGAAAAUCCUGUGGACUGGAAGGAAACCUAUAUAAAUCCCAACUACUCAAAGAUCUUCACUGAAAAUCUAGUGGAACAGCCAUGCCCUGAUGUGUAUUGGUUUCCAAUAUUUUCGGAGACUGCCUGUGAUGAACUGGUAGAGGAAAUGGAACAUUAUGGACAAUGGUCUGGAGGAAAACAUCGUGAUAGUCGUAUAUCUGGAGGUUAUGAAAAUGUCCCAACUGAUGAUAUUCACAUGAAGCAAAUCGGUCUGGAUGGUGAAUGGCUACAUUUCAUUAGAGAGUUCAUUGCACCAGUAACGCUAAAAGUCUUUGCUGGCUAUUAUACAAAGGGACAUGCCAUGCUGAAUUUUGUCGUAAAAUACACUACAGACAGACAGCGUUCCCUCAGACCUCAUCAUGACUCCUCUACUUUUACCAUCAACAUUGCUCUCAACAAAGUAGGAGAAGAUUUUCAGGGAGGUGGAUGUAAAUUUAUUAGGUACAACUGUUCCAUUGAGUCACCCAGGAAAGGAUGGAGCUUCAUGCAUCCAGGAAGACUCACUCAUUUACACGAAGGACUUCCCAUUUUAAAUGGAACAAGAUACAUUGCAGUAUCGUUUAUUGAUCCCUAACUUUAUUUUCCUGCUUCUUCAAAACCAGUGGUUGGUUCUUUAUGACAUAAACUCUUAUUUAUAGUUUUCCUCUCAGAAGAUGGUGAUAAAAGAAACUUUAAAUUACUUCCUCUAGACAGCAGCUUUACUUUGAGCUAAAAGAUUGAAAAAACAACUU